AGGAGGAAUUCAUGUGGAGGGGGAGGCGCCCGAGCGAGGCGAGCGGCGCGACUGCUGGCCGAAUUUAACAAUUAACCUUGAUGAACACAGAUUGGUUUCACUUAACAGGCGCACAGGUGCGUGGAGACCGCGAUACGGCGCAGCUGAGCGACACCACGUUUUUGACCGGACAUUGACGCAUUUCAUGCCAAACACAGAAACUACACGGAGAGAGGAUAUUGCAGCUGAUAUUUUUUCUUUUUUCUUCACGGGACAGGAAGGAUGCGCGUUGCAAUGGGAGCUCAUCCGAUACAAGUCCUCUCACAGAAUCCGAAUUCAGGAGCAUCGCUGAAUUGAUUUUUGUGCCCUAUAUCGGAAUUUGACCGCCGUGUCAUUGCCCAGUCUACCAGCCCCAGCAGCAGAGAGGCAUCUUCUCAGCGGCGGAGACAAGAAAGGAGGAGGAGGGGGGACACUGUCCGCUUCACUACACUCUCCAUCUGCGUCCUGGACGGCUUGAAAUGAGGACCACAUCCCGACUCUGUUCCGUGUGAAGAGGAAAGCGGGGCGGCAGUUUCUUCGGCUCUCAAGGACGCAAAAAAAAAAAAGAAAAAAAAAGGGGGAAAGUGGCCGCCGGUCGAGCAGCGAAGCAUGGAGCGGGACGACACCGACACCGUGAGCGCGUCUAAAAAGACAAUAAUUGCGAAGAUAUUCAAAGUUCGCAAGAGGAGGGAGAUGCUUUUCGUUCAGGUGUGCUUUAUCUGCAGUGUCCUCUUCGUGGCGUGGAGCAUGUCGGCGCUGUUGACCAAGACAGGCCAUGGGAUGUUAGUGGAGGGACAUCCGAACCAGGAACACUGGGGAAGACGGCUAAUGGCUUCAGCACCAGACAACGAAACGGAGCUGAAGAACUGUUCAGAGCCAGCAAUACACGAGUUCCCCAAUGACCUUUUCACCAACAAGGAACGAAAAAGUGGGGCCAUUCUGCUGCACAUUGUGGCGACGCUCUACAUGUUUCUGGCCCUCGCUAUAACCUGCGACGAGUACUUUGUGACAUCGCUGGAGAAACUCUGUGAGAAACUAGAUCUGAGCGAAGAUGUUGCCGGGGCCACCUUCAUGGCAGCUGGCAGUUCUGCCCCAGAGCUUUUUGCAUCUGUCAUUGGUGUUUUCAUCACCCACGGUGAUGUGGGGGUGGGGACCAUCGUUGGCUCAGCAGUCUUCAACAUCCUUUGCAUCAUUGGUGUCUGCGGGAUCUUCGCUGGACAGGUGGUGAUACUGACCUGGUGGGCUGUUUUCAGGGAUUCCUUCUACUACAUCCUGUCUGUUUUGGCUUUGAUUGCAUUCAUCUACGAUGGGAAAAUAGUUUGGUGGGAGAGUUUGGUGCUGGUGCUCAUGUACGCAGGAUACAUCCUCGUCAUGAAAUUCAACUCCAGCAUGCAGAAUUUUUUCAUGGGGAAGUCGAAGAAGAACGUGGCCAAUGGUAACGCUGCGGCAAGCAGUGAGAUGGAGGACGGUAAUACUAGUUAUGACUAUGUUUGGGAUGACGACCCGUCAUCGCCUUUACUCUCAGCAGUCAAGCCCAGCAAGGCUUACAGCCGUGGCUCAGUGGUGAUGGUGGACGAGAUCAUCAACGCCAGCCCUACAAAGUUCAGGUUUCCAGAGGCUGGCCUCCGUGUCAUGGUCACCAGCCAUUUUGGACCCAAGACCCGUCUGCGCAUGGCCAGUCGCCUCAUCAUUACAGAGCGCCAGAAGUUGGUCCAAGCUGCCAAUGGCGUGGAGACACAAGUGAUUGACGGGAAGGUUGAAAUCGAGAACGGGAACGUGCCAGAGGACAAACCCACCGAGGCGGAGGAAAACGAAACCAUCUCACCGUUUCACAUUCCAAGAGGUAUUGGCAGCAAGUUCAAGUGGCUGAUCUCGUGGCCUCUGCUCCUGUUGCUGUUCUUCACCGUCCCGAACUGUGCCAAGCCUCGCUGGGAGAAAUUCUUCAUGGUUUCCUUCAUCCUGUCCACUGUCUGGAUUGCUAUCUUCUCCUACUUGAUGGUCUGGAUGGUCACUAUAAUUGGCUACACUCUGGGAAUCCCUGAUGUCAUCAUGGGCAUCACUUUCCUGGCAGCAGGCACCAGUGUCCCAGACUGCAUAGCCAGUCUCAUCGUGGCUCGGCAAGGUCUGGGAGACAUGGCGGUGUCCAACACAAUCGGCAGCAACGUGUUUGAUAUUCUGGUGGGACUGGGGGUUCCCUGGGCGAUACAGACCAUGUGUGUAAGCUAUGGAUCAGAGGUGAUGAUUAACAGUCGGGGGCUGGUGUACUCAGUGGUGCUUCUGCUGGGCUCUGUGGCCCUCACGGUUCUGGGGAUCCACCUGAAUAAGUGGAGGCUGGACAUGAAGCUGGGCAUCUAUGUCCUGGUCCUGUAUGCUGUUUUCCUCUGCUUCUCCAUCAUGAUUGAGUACAACGUCUUCACCUUCGUCAACCUGCCCAUGUGCAUGGAGGAGUAGAGCACAGCAGCAUGUCUCAGAUACCAAAACCUCAGUGCUCCCAUAGCAACUCCAAAAUAUCUUUUUUUCAGUAAUACUGGACCUAACUGCAGACUUUUUUUUUUUUUUCCUCCCCUGCACUCUCCCCUGUAAGCUUUUCAGUCCCAAUUAUGAAUCUUAUUUCCUCAAGAGGCAGUACACUGUAAUGGUGGACUCCAUUCUAUGUCUCUGAUUUGUCCUCUUGUCACACAGUGCCGGUCCUGAAUGCCCAUUAUUUUGGGCUUUGCCUGUUACUGCAGUAAAGUCUUUAGUUCCUCUGUGCACCUGUUAACUUUCUACCCAUCUAGCAUGCCUUUAGAUGUCGGGGACCUCCAGAGUCAUAAGUGCCCCUGUGGAUUGUUGGUGUGUGUUUUCAUUGUUCACAUUGUAGAUUUCCACACACCAUUUUCAAAGUUUUUCCACAAACCAAACCAGAGUCUGUGAAGAGAAAAAAAAACAAUCCUACCACAAAUGCCGAUUCCAACCAAAACCCCUGUGUAGAGACUAGUCUCCUUAAAGUAAUUCCUAAAAGAUUUACCAAGUUACCCCAGCACUAAAGAAAAAAGUACACUCCUUUUUCCCUCUUGACCCCCUGGAGGAGGGCCUUGUCCUUGGCAGCUCCCCUCCUCCAGCCUGGACCUGACUCCCCUGGCAUGGCCUCUGGCAUCAGGGAGCAGAUACUGUUAGCGCUUCACUUCAUUCACCCUGCGCAACUCUUCCCAACCCUCAUCUGCUUGAUCAAAUCUGCUUUCUUUUCUUAAAAAAAAGACAUUCAGGACACUUUGUGUCAAAAUAAUUCACAGUCCAGAUCAGUUGACUGUGAGGGUGUUAUGCAUAUGCAGCACUGCACAAUGUAAACUUGUAAACACUUUUUUUGUUGUUGUUUUUUGUAUUUAUUUUUUCAAAACAAGGUUUUAUCUAGUAUGAAAUGUGGAGGAGAGCUUGUUGCAAAUAUAGGACAUGCCUGUUUUUCACUGAAACAAAUUGCACAUGGAAAUGCUUUUCUUGCUUUGUGCUGUAAGGAGAUUUGACCACUCAGAGGGGUAUUCGGGCUGGUGGUGGCGACUCCACUCCAGCAUUAUUGUCAUUCAGUGAUGGGUCGUUUCACUUUUCCCUCUGCACAACUUCAGAAAAAAACUGUCUCCAGAUAUUUGGGAUGCAUCUGAUUUUUGUCAUCAUCUGGUGAUUUGUUCUCAUCUUGAGACAGCAGCAGCAUGGAGGUAGUUGUUUAAAAAAAAAUGCAAAGAAACCAGGCAGUUCUCAAGACUGACUCUGCUAUAACACCCGUUGGCCAGUAGGGGGUACUGCAGCCCCUCUACCCAGGGCAAGGGUGCCAACCACAGCUGUCGGUUAUCAGGGAAACUCAGAAAAGGACAACUCCAAGAGGUGGCGAUGGUGAUGGUCUCUUGAUUUUGAGUUACAUGUAGAUAUUGCACUUUAACAGCCAUCCUCUCAUUCUGAAUCAACUAGUGCUUCCUUCUGUGCGUGUGUAUUUUCAGUAUAUAUGUGACUGUGUGUGUGUGUGUGUGCAAGAGAACAUUGUAUGUGUGCGUGUGUGUGUGCGUGCGCGUGCUCAGUAUGGGCCCACGCUACGUUUUCUCACACCAGGCUCUUGACUCUCAGACUGGAACUUCGUUAACACCAUGAGCACACCCGCCUCUGUCUGCAGUGCAUGCUGGGACAUUAAACGCAGCUCCUCCACAGCACAGCAAAAGGCUGAGGGCUUCUGGGCGUAUCCAUGGAAACCGCCCCGACCCAUUUUACAAAAAUCGGCAGCUACGAGCUACACUGCAAUCCAGACAUUUUGACAUCAUGCAAAAAUGCCUGUGAAGAGUCCACAAGUGAGGUGCAGAGACUAAAAACUGAAAAGCGUGCGGGGAGCGUUUUAAGUGUUGAAAAUAUUCCUCUGCCACACUGCUGGCAGCAGGCUCUUGUAUAUGCAAUCUCAAUGUAAAGAAUUUAUGUGACAGAAGGCCCCCUGCCAGGUUGCCAUAUAAAGACGGGGGAUCCCCUGCGGAGAUGUAACGUCGGUUUGUCUCGUAGUACUUGAUGUGUGAGCUCACAGGUGUGUGUGUGUGUUUGACAGCUGAGGAACUAAGCCAAUGGCACGGACGCUUCUCCAACAGUGGGACUGUGGAAAGUCUGAAUUUUUUUUUUUUUUUUUUUUUUUUUUCCUCUCCUACCUACUUUUUUUUUUUUCCCUCUUUCUCCACUUUUGUCCCCUCUUGCACAAGGGCAUUAACUUUCCACCAACCCUAGCUGAAGGAGCAGAGGGGCAGCAAGGGAACACAUGGACGGAUGGAUGACUUUCCUCCAUUGCCCUCGGGACUUUGUCACUUUUCAGCGGACCUGCGUGAGAGCUGUCCUUAAGGAAUUUUUUAAAAGUUGGACCCCCUUAAGCUGCUACUCUAUCGGGGUUCGAAUGGCUGUGUUUACUGGAUGGAGGUGACCACACAGGGCCUACAGACUCCUCCACACUCCCACUGACAUCCUUGGACACCGACCUUCCUCCCCAUCAACCUUCUCAGUGGGUCUUCUGUACAUACAGGACCUAUUUUUUUUGAUGCUUUUUGUUGGGGGAAGGCACGUUUGUACUGUACUUUAGUUGAUUCAGAAUGUGCAGUGUUAAGGUUUCUUUUUGUGUAUAUUUUUGUUGUUGUCGCUCUGUGUGGUCAUGUCCCGGUUGCCAGGUUUGAGUGGUAACACCACAGCAUGAGGGGGAAAAAAAAAACACACUGAUCCUCUUUUUGUCAUCAUCUACGUCCUCACCGGUUGUCUGACUCACAUCUUUGUUACCAAGUCACUUUUUUGGAAGAGGAAAAAAAAAAAAAAUUCAAAUGCCAUUCUUGUCGUAGCGCUGCAUAAAUCCAGAUUGUACGGAAAUCCUGUGUACAAAGUAAGCGCACACUUUAGAACACACGUUAGAAAUGGCAAUUGAACACAAGAGAGGACCGGUAUGUAUUUCUUGUUUGAAUGCGACCUGAUGCACUGUGAGCUCAAUGUGACGUGGGAGUUGUUUGUCAAGAAUAAUAAAUGAUUAAAAAAUAUAUUUAAUGUAAAGUUAGUUACUAUAAAACAUUACUGAGGACAUCUGUAUAACUUAUAUGAAUGUAUUGUCUUGCUAUACUGGACAUAUCCAACCAAUGCAUUUUACUGUAAAGCAAUAAUGUGAAGAAAAAAAAAAUAAAAUGGCAAAAUAAUUCCUGUACAUUUGUCUCAUAAGUUCUUGGAUUGUUUGUGAAAUACAUAAAUUAAAUGAAGCCAUUUGUACAUGUA